GUUCUUAGAAGCUAGAGAGAGAAAUGGCAUACAAUCUGAAGAACUGCGUCACAGCCAUGAUGGGCUGUUUUCUCUUCAUUUUACUCGUUCUGCCAUCUAGUUAUGCGUUUCUUUGUGAAGAAUCCACAGAUUGUCAUGCUCUUCUUAAAUUCAAGGAGGGUCUAAGAAGCGAUCCCAAAGGUCAUCUACAAACUUGGAACAAAGCCAAUCCCUUCUGCAACUGGACUGGUAUUACAUGCCACCCAUAUCUCCAACACCGGGUUGUAGGUCUUGAACUCAUAGACAUGGAUUUGCGAGGAGGGAUAUCACCAUUUAUAUCCAAUAUUUCUCUUCUUACCACCCUGUCUCUACAAGGCAAUAGAUUCUAUGGAAAAAUUCCAUCUUCCUUGGGAGGACUUUCAGAGCUAGCAUUUCUCAAUGUAAGUGAAAAUAACCUUGAAGGUAAUAUUCCUGGUUCAUUACAUGGUUGCCAAAGCUUGAAAGUCGUAGAUUUGAAUUACAACAAUCUAUCUGGGAUCAUUCCUAAGGAACUCAGCUGGAUGAAGAAUUUAACGUACUUAUGUCUGUCACAGAACAGACUCACUGGAGUGCUACCAUCAUCACUGUCGAACUUGACUGAAUUGACACAACUAGAACUGGCUGUCAAUUAUUUUACUGGAAAGAUCCCACCACAGCUUGGAGCAUUAAGAAAGCUAGAGAUUCUGUACCUCCAUAUGAACUUUCUUGAGGGACCAGUACCUGCAGCAAUUAGCAACUGCACCGCUUUACGUGAGAUUUCUCUGAUUGAGAAUCUAUUAAGUGGAGAAAUCCCUUUAGAGCUGGGUGCAAAACUCCAGAACUUGCAGAUAUUGUACAUGAAUGAUAACAAGCUUUCUGGUAGAAUUCCAGUGACCCUCUCCAAUCUCUCUCAGCUGACACUGCUUGAUCUGAGUCUCAAGAAUUUAGAGGGGGAAGUUCCUGCAGAGUUGGGAAUGUUAAAGAACCUAGAGGUUCUCUACUUUCAUUCCAACUACUACUUAGGUGGCGGCAGCUCUGGUAAUUCUUCCCUCAGUUUCUUAACAGCUCUCACAAACUGUUCAGUUCUAAAAAAGCUACACUUUGGUUCAUGCUCGUUCAAAGAAAAUAUACCGUCUUCUGUAGGUGGUCUUUCAAAAGACCUCUUUUACUUCAAUCUUUUGGAUAAUUACAUUAUGGGAAGUAUACCAGACAGUAUUGGAAACUUAAGCAGCCUAGUAACCUUAUACCUGUCAUACAACCUUUUGGAAGGAAAAAUUCCACCAUCAUUUGGAAAGCUUGGGAAUUUGCAGAGGUUAUACUUGGAGAGAAACAGAAUUCUUGGGCCAAUUCCAGAUGACUUAGGGAAUAUGCGUAACCUUGGAGUACUGAAUCUUGGGAAGAAUUCGAUUGGCGGGUUGAUUCCACCUUCACUUGCUAAUCUCUCACAACUGAGAUAUCUUGACCUGUCUAGAAAUCGCCUGUCAGGAAAAAUUCCAGUGGAGCUUACUCAAUGUUCUCUUAUGAUGCUGCUUGAUUUAUCUUUUAACAGCUUACAAGGUUCUGUUCCUGUACAGGUUGGCCUUCUUUCAAACUUAGCACUCUCACUUAACCUUUCAAACAACCAUUUCGAAGGACAACUUCCAGCAAGCAUUGGAAAGCUGGUGUCUCUACAGGCAAUUGACUUCUCGAAGAAUAAGUUUUCUGGUGUCAUACCUAGCUUGAUAGGAAGUUGCAUUUCGCUGGUGUAUCUGAACCUGUCCAAUAACAUGAUUGAAGGAACGAUUCCGGAGUCUCUGAAAUUAAUCAGUCAUCUUGAAGUUUUGGACUUGUCUCAUAAUCGAUUCAAUGGCACCGUUCCAAUCUGGAUUGCUAAUCAACAGAUGAUCAGGACUCUCAAUUUAUCUUAUAAUAGGCUAUCAGGUGAAGUUCCAUACACUGGAAGGUUUGUGUUUUUAAGUAGAAGCUCAUUCCUAGGGAAUGUGGGGUUGUGUGGUGGUUCUGCACUAAUUGGUCUUCCUCCUUGUGAAGUUCAAAACAUAAAACGCAGGAUAAAGAAUUGGGUAAUAUACUCUAUGGUUGCAGCAGUUGCAGUAAGCUGUGUGCUGAUUGCUUUCUUUGUUGUUCGUUUGUUCUUGAGAAAAAAGGAUUCAAAAUCAGCGCAUGUGAUGCUAAUGGAAUCCCCAGAACAUCAUGGAAGUCAAACUUUCACCCAAAGGGAACUUGAAAUUGCUACAUUUGGGUUCACUGAGGCUUAUCUCCUUGGUAGAGGAACCUUUGGAUCGGUUUACAAAGGAAUUAUUGAUAAUGGGAAAAUUACUGUGGCUGUUAAGGUUCUGCAUAGUGACUGCAGUCAGAGUUUCAAAAGCUUUAAAAGGGAAUGUCAAAUAUUGUCUGAAAUCAAGCACCGGAAUCUUGUUAGAAUGGUAGGAUAUACCUGGAACAGAGGGUUUAAGGCUCUUAUCCUUGAUUAUAUUGGGAAUGGAAACUUGGGACAACAUCUUUAUCCGGGUGGACUAGAGGAAGGAGCUUGUAGAUUAACUUUGAGGGAAAGAAUGUCAAUAGCGGUAGAUAUUGCCAAUGGAUUGGAGUAUCUUCAAGAAGGCUGUCCAGUCCAAGUUUUGCACUGUGAUAUAAAACCAGAAAAUAUACUUAUUGACAAUGAUAUGGUGGCUCAUGUAGCAGAUUUUGGGAUUGGAAAGCUCAUUUCAGCUGACAAAUUGAAAGAACAUGUCAGCACAACAGGUUUCCUACGGGGAUCGAUUGGUUAUAUUCCCCCAGAAUAUGGACAAGGAAUUGAGGUAUCAGCUAAAGGGGAUGUCUAUAGUUUUGGUGUGAUGCUGCUUGAGAUGAUAACACGAAGAAGACCGACCAGUAAUAUGUUUUCUGAUGGGCUUGAUUUAAGGAAGUGGGUGUGUUGUGCAUUUCCAGGCAAGAUUUUGGAUGUUGUUGACACCACACUAAAGCAGGAUGCAUACCUUGGGGGAACACAUGGUGCUUUAGAGGAGCUUGAGCAAUGCAGCAUUCAAAUGCUUGAUGUGGGGAUGAUGUGCACAGAGGAUAAUCCACACAAACGACCCCCUAUGUCCUCUGUUGUGCAGAGUUUGAAAAAAUGUCUUUCCAAACAGAAAGAACCAACUUCACCCGAAAAUACAAAUUGCUCUAGAAAGAAAGAAUAUAUAGAGAGAGAAAUGGCAUACAAUCUGAACUGUAUCAGGGCAACGAUUGGCUGCUUUGUCUUCAUUUUACUUGCUCUGCCAUCUAGUUCUGCAUUUCUUUGUGAAGAAUCCACUCAUUGUCAUGCUCUUCUUAAAUUCAAGCAGGGCCUAAGAAGCGAUCCUGAAGGUCAUCUGAAGACUUGGAACAAAGCCAAUCCCUUCUGCAACUGGACUGGAAUUACAUGCCACCCUCAUCUCCGAGACCGAGUGAUAGGUCUUGAGCUCAUAGACAUGGUUUUGCAAGGAGGGAUAUCACCUUUCAUAUCCAAUCUUUCUCUUCUUACCACCCUGUCUCUGCAAGGCAACAGAUUCUAUGGACAAAUUCCAUCUUCCUUGGGAGGACUUUCAGAGUUAGCAUUUCUCAAUAUAAGCGAAAAUAAGCUUGAAGGUGAGAUUCCUGGUUCUUUGCAUGGCUGCCAAAGCCUGAAAGAACUAGACUUGAAUUUCAACUAUCUUUCUAGGGUCAUUCCUCCUGAGGAACUCAGCUGGCUGAAGAACUUAACAUACUUGCUUCUGUCUCAAAACAGACUCACUGGAGAGCUGCUGUCGUCGCUAUCAAACUUGACGGAAUUGACACAACUAGAACUGGCUGUCAAUUAUUUUACUGGAAAGAUCCCACCACAGCUUGGAGCAUUAAGAAAGCUAGAGCUUCUGUACCUCCAUAUGAACUUUCUUGAGGGCCCAGUACCUGCAGCAAUUAGCAACUGCACCGCUUUACGUGAGAUUGCACUGAUUGAGAAUAUAUUAAGUGGAGAAAUCCCUUUAGAGCUGGGUGCCAAACUCCAGAACUUGCAGAGAUUGUACAUGUUCAAUAACAAGCUUUCUGGUAGAAUUCCAGUGACCCUCUCCAAUCUCUCUCAGCUCACACUGCUUGAUCUUAGUAUCAACAAAUUAGAGGGGGAAGUUCCUGCGGGGUUGGGAAGGCUAAAGAGCCUUGAGGUUCUCUACUUUCAUUCCAACAAGUUAGGUGGAGGCAGCUCUGGUAAUUCUUCCCUCAGUUUCUUAACAGCUCUCACAAACUGUUCAGUUCUUAGAAAACUACACUUUGCUUCAUGUUUGUUCAGAGGAAAUAUACCGUCUUCUAUAGGUGGUCUUUCAAAAGACCUUUACUUCAAUCUUAUGGAUAACGACAUUACGGGAAGUAUACCAGAUGCUGUUGGAAACUUAAGCAACCUUGUAAGCUUAUACAUGUCAAUCAACUAUUUGGAAGGAAAAAUUCCAGCAUCUAUUGGAAAACUUGGGAAUUUGCAGAGGCUAAACUUGGAGAAAAACAGAAUUCUUGGGCCAAUUCCAGAUGACUUGGGGAAGAUGUCUAGCCUUGGUCUACUGGAUCUUGGUAAAAAUUUGAUUGGUGGGUCUAUUCCACCUUCACUUGGUAACCUUUCACAGCUGAGAUAUCUUAACCUGUCUACGAACAGCCUAAUAUCAGGAAAAUUUCCCAUUGAUCUUACUCGCUGUUCUCUUAUGAUGCUGCUCGAUUUAUCUUUCAACAGCUUACAAGGUUUUGUUCCUGAACAGAUUGGCCUUCUUUCAAACUUGGACUUCUCACUUAACCUUUCAAACAACCAUUUCGAAGGACAACUGCCAACAAGCAUUGGAAAGCUGGUGUCUCUGAAGGCAAUCGACUUUUCGAAGAAAAAAUUUGUUGGUGUCAUACCUGGCUUGAUUGGAAGUUGCAUUUCUUUGGUGUAUCUGAACCUGUCCAAAAACAUGCUUGAAGGCACAAUUCCAAGGUCUUUGAAAUCAAUCACUUAUCUAGAAGUUUUGGACAUGUCUCAUAAUCGAUUAAAUGGCACUGUUCCAAUCUGGAUUGCUGAUGAACAUAUGAUCAAGAAUCUCAAUUUAUCUUAUAAUAAUCUAUCAGGUGAAGUUCCAUAUACUGGGAGGAUUACAUUUUGUAAUAAAAGCUCAUUCCUGGGAAAUGUGGGGUUGUGUGGUGGUUCUGCACAACUUGGUCUUCCUCCAUGUGAAGUUCAAAAUCAAAAAGGCAGGACAAAGAAUUGGGUAAUUUACUCUGUGGUUGCAGCAGUUGCAGUAAGCUGUGUGGUGGGUGCUGUCUUUGUUCAUGGUUUCUUCUUCAGAAAAUAUUCAAAGACAGCGCAUGGAAUGCUAAUGGCACCCCCAGGAAAGCAUGGAAGUCAAAGUUUCACCGAAAGGGAACUCGAAACUGCAACACUCGGGUUCAAUGAGGCUUAUCUUCUGGGUAGAGGAACUUUUGGAUCAGUCUAUAAAGCAAUCAUUGAUAAUGGGGAAAGUAAUGUGGCAGUUAAGGUCCUCCAUGGUGACAGCAAUCAGAGUUUCAAAAGCUUUAAGAGGGAAUGUAAAAUAUUGUCUGAAAUCAAGCACCGGAAUCUCGUUAGACUAGUAGGCUAUGCCUGGAACACAGGGUUGAAGGCUCUUGUCCUUGACUUUAUUGGCAAUGGGAACUUGGCACAACAUCUUUAUCCUCGUGGGCUAGAGGAAGGAGUUUGUAAGCUAACUUUACGGGAAAGAAUCUCCAUAGCUAUUGAUAUUGCCAAUGGCUUGGAGUAUCUUCAAGAAGGCUGUCCAGUCCAAGUGAUACAUUGUGAUCUGAAACCAGAAAAUGUGCUUAUCAACACAAAUAUGGUGGCUCAGGUAGCAGAUUUUGAGAUUGGAAAGCUCAUUUCAGCUGACAAAAUGGAAGAAUAUCUUAGCACAACGCGUUCUCUUCGAGGAUCGAUUGGUUAUAUUCCCCCAGAAUAUGGGCAGGGAGUUGAGGUAUCAGCUAAAGGGGAUGUUUAUAGCUUUGGUGUGGUUCUGCUCGAGAUGUUUACGCGAAAAAGACCGACAAGUAAUGUGUUUUCGGAUGGGCUUGAUCUAAGGAAGUGGGUGGGUUCUGCAUUUCCAGACCAAAUUUGGGAUGUUGUUGACACCACACUGAAGCAGGAGGCGAGCUCAAAAGAAGCAUGUGAUGCUUUAGAGAAGCUUGAGCAAUGCAGCAUUCAAUUGCUUGAGGUAGGGAUGAUUUGCACAGAAGAGUCCACACAAACGACCCCUUAUGUCCUCUGUUGUGCCAAUGUUGAAAAAAUGUCUCGAAAAAAGAGGAAUUUGAAGCUCCAUAUAUAUAGGAAAACUUUUACAUGUACCAGUUGUUUUUAA